AUGUCCUCCGGCUUCGUGUCUGGUGGCACUGUCGACAAUCCCGUCGAACGUGACGACGAAUGGCACGCUGCCCAGAAGGAGCUCGCUGAGAAACGGCGCCAGAAGGAACUCCAAGAGAAUGCCCACGACGGAAAGAGUCUCUACGAGGUCUUGCAGGCCAAUAAAGCGGCCAAGCAGGAUGCCUUUGAAGAGGCAAACCGCCUGAAGAACCAAUUUCGUGCUCUCGAUGACUCUGAAGCCGAAUUCCUCGACGCCGUCCUCGAAUCUACGCGCAAGCAGGAGGAGACCAUCCGCAAAGAUACACUCGAGCAGUUAGAUCUGUUUCGUAAGCAUCAAGAGGAAGUGGAGCGCAAAGCCCUUCUCGAACAGAACGCUGGUGACCCGGUCACCGCAGAAGGAGCCCCGCAAUGGGGUGUUAACAGGAAGAGGAAGAAGGGCAAUGAGAAAGAUGGUGGGCUCCUGAGGGGUGCUAAAUCGAGGAAGGCCAGCUCUGGUGCUGCAGAAAUGGAGCCGAAGAAAGCCGUGGCAGACGAGCUGGACAGUGACAAGAAGGCCAAUCGCACAAAAGAGAAAACUGUCGCUGGGCGAGGAUCAGAUUCAGUCGCUGGAAAGGAGGCGGUGAAAUCUCCACAAGCAUUGAAACCUGCCGGCGCAGCAUCUCCACCAGCAAAACCAACAGUUCCUUUGUCACUAGGUUUGGGAUAUGCGUCGUCUGACGACGACGACUGA